AUGGUGCCAUCAAAGUCUUUGAGGUGCCGUCAAGCUCUUGGUGGAACCAUCAAAGGUCUUCAUGGUGCCACCAUCCAUGUUUUUGGUGCUUCCACCAUCAUUACCACGGUGCCACCAUCACUCUUAUGGUGUCACCACCACCACCAUGAUGUCCCCAUCACCAUCUCCAUGGUCUUCUCCACCACCCAGGUGCGGGACGUCCGCAUCAUCUCCGACCGCAACUCGCGGCGCUCCAAGGGCAUCGCCUACGUCGAGUUCUGCGAGAUCCAAUCGGUGCCCUUGGCCAUCGGCCUGACCGGCCAACGUCUCCUCGGGGUCCCCAUCAUCGUCCAGGCUUCUCAGGCGGAGAAGAACCGUCUGGCGGCCAUGGCCAACAACCUGCAGAAGGGCAGCGGUGGUCCCAUGCGUCUCUACGUGGGGUCUCUCCACUGCAACAUCACCAAGGACAUGCUGCGCGGCAUCUUCGAGCCCUUCGGCAAG